GAGGGUCAAAAAGGAAAGUUUGAGUGGGUGACUCUAGUGCCCCUCCUCAAGAAGCAUAUCCCCAUGGAAAUUCCCCCCUAUAUGAACUCCGUUCAAGCUCCACAGCCACCAAAAAGAAAAAAAAGGGAAAAAUAAUAAUAAUAAUUCCCCCUAAUAUGUCCCAAGCGACCUCGUUCCAUGAGGACCAGGACCUCGCGUCGCCGUUGCUCCGGGCGGUGAAGACCCGCGGCGGAGAGCCCCAGAAGCUGUGCAUCGACGACAUGCUCCAGCGGCACUGCGGCGAGUUUGGGGUGUGGCAACUGAGACACUUCGUUCUCACCAGCCUCGCUUGGGCUCUCGAGGCCUUCCACACCAUGGUCAUGAUCUUUGCCGAUCAGGAACCGGCUUGGACGUGCGUGAGCAGCCGCGGCUGCUCCGUCGCGUCAACCAGCGUUUGUGGGUUGGACCCAGGUUCGUGGGAAUGGAGCGGCGGUCCGGGGAGCUCUACAGCGGCGGAGUGGGGACUGGUUUGUGAGAACAAAUACAAGGUCGGGCUGGUUCAGGCCUUGUUCUUCGGCGGCUGCAUGAUUGGUGCAGGAGUUUUUGGUCAUCUCUCAGACUCCUUCCUAGGAAGGAAAGGAUCUCUAACUGUAGUCUGCAUCUUGAAUGCCGUCUUCGGCUGCUUGACCGCCUUAUCUCCCGGCUUCUGGGCCUACGCCCUCCUCCGUCUUCUCACCGGCUUCAGCACUGGCGGUGUUGGCCUUUGUGCCUUCGUCCUCGCCACCGAGCCCGUCGGCCCUACCAAGCGUGGCGUAGCUGGAAUGUCCACGUUCUACUUCUUCUCAACCGGCAUUGCACUGCUUUCUGGCAUAGCUUAUAUUUUCCCGUCAUGGCGCUCUCUCUACAUCGCCUCCUCCCUUCCCUCCGUUCUCUUCGUUAUACUUGUCAUUCCUUUUCUCUCCGAGUCCCCCAGAUGGUACCUCGUACGUGGGAAAAUCAAUGAGGCCAUGGAAGUCAUGCGCGUCAUUGCCAAGUCCAAUGGAAAGCACUUGCCUGAUGGGGUCGUCCUUGGCCUGGACGAAGAAACCAACGAGAAUUCAACUGAUACUGAGAGCUAUAAGGAGGAAUUGUCCACCAAACAAGCAAUAUCAGGAUCUCUCAUAGAUGUAAUUAGGUCACCUAUCACAAGGUUUCGAUUAUUUCUAGCAGUGGUCAUUAACUUCUUGUGCUCAGUAGUGUACUAUGGCCUUAGUCUAAACGUCGUCAACCUUGAAACCAACCUCUAUCUCAGUGUGCUGCUCAAUGCCGUGGCUGAAAUGCCAGCAUACACCUUGACAGCAGUUUUGUUAGACAGGUUCGGGAGGAAGCCAUUGGCGAUUGGGACACUGUGGUUCAGUGGAUUUUUCUGCCUUUUGGGGACACUGGUGAAAAGCAAUGGGAUAUGGAAGGUUGUCCGAAUGGUAUGUGGAGUUUUGGGAAUAUUUGGGAUGGCCGGAACUUAUAACUUGUUGUUCAUUUACACGACGGAGCUGUUUCCGACUGUGGUUAGGAAUGCGGCACUCGGGUGUGCGACCCAGGCGGCGCAGAUGGGGGCGAUAUUGGCACCCUUUGUGGUGGUUUUAGGCAAGGUAUUGCCAUUUGCAGUGUUUGGAGCUUGUGGGAUUUCCGGCGGCAUACUCGCUUUCUACUUGCCGGAGACUUUGAACCAGCCAUUGUACGACACCAUGACCGGAAUGGAGGAUGCUGAGAAGGCAUUGAAGGAGUAACAAAGGGUGGUUCUUAGUCAGCUCCAUUAGAAUGAGCACAUAAAUUAAUAUGACUUUGCUUUGUUUUUUUACGCUCUUGUGGAAUUUAAUUUUCACGUACACAAAAAGAAUGACUCAGAGGUGGUUGAAUUUGGAUUGAGAGCUAUUGACCCAUCA